UAAGUUACAAUUGAAGCUGGACGUCAGUUUUGCCUAUCGGAAUAGUUGUUGCCUUGCGAUGACUAUUUUGAUGGUAGAAGCUGGUCCAGUUUCUUUUGUUUUUUUCCUUUGAUUUUGUUUUUUCUGUCUUUUUCCAUUCAAAUAAAAUUUCAUUUUAAACUCCAAAUCUUUAAGUUGUUUCGUCAUUCAUUUUUCUAUGCGAAGCCGGAAAAAUGCCUUUUAAAUGCAGCACAAUAUAAAGGAAAAAUAAACUUCUGGCAUCAGCAAUGAACAUGAUAGAGACGUCCAUGAAAUAUUGUACGAAGGGGGUAAACAGUAAACCAAACGUCAUAUACGUUAUCAUGUAAAAAACAUACGAUGAAAAAAUGAUGUGGAACUGUUCAGUAAAUAUUCGAUUAAAUAGUGAAUCAAAGAAAGAGAGCUUAAAAAAAGAGCUCUUGCGAUAGUUUCGGGAGAGUCUGUCCACAACAUGUCAAUAAAACCACAAAAGCGCGAUACGGAGAAAAAGAUACUUUCCGCCUGAUCAUUUUGGAAGCGGCGACAAGCCCUUUUUUGCGGUGACGUGGCCAGUUUCCGUUUUCGAUGGAAAGGCAAGAUAGGGGCAAAAACUUCAGUAACUCGCCAGCAGUUGGCGGCGAGACAAGUUGCGACAGUGAUGGCGUGAUCGUUUCUCUUCUCGUUCAAGGACACCUCGUUCCAGUCGAAAAAUGGCAACCAAUUCAACGUAAAGUAGUACUUUAAGUUUAAUUAUUGAUUGAAUAAUUAGAAUAGCCUAUCAGAGAGUCGUCAACGUCUAAGUAAAAAAAAAUGGGCAAGUUAAUUGGGCACGUUCACCAGAUUUCCGCAGAUUUCCAUAGAAAUGAAUGGCUACGUCAUUUGUUUUAGAUUACAAGUUUACAGUAACAAAAUGAUUAAGUGUUUCGCUGUCGAUUUCUAUCGACAGACAAAAGGUUUUAGGGAAAGGGGCUUACGGAAUCGUUUACGAAGGGACGUGGAAGGGCAGAAAAGUGGCCGUCAAACGAAUUCAAAUCGAAAACGUUAAAAACAACAAAGGAGGAGAAGAAGCUCUGCAAUACUUAGAUCACCCAAAUGUCGUCAAACUCUAGGCUAUCACGUUGAAAGCGACAUUGAUUUCAGAAUUUAUGCGCUGGAAUUUUGCCAGGCAUCACUGGAUCAAAAAUUCUUGGAUGACAAGAAACCGGGAAAAUACCGUGGACCCAUGCCGCCAGAAAAGGAAGUUUUCCUCCAGUUGGCCAAGGGAUUGACACACAUUCAUCAAAACCGAUUGAUCCAUCGAGACCUUAAACCUGAAAACGUCCUCAUCUGGGUGGAUUCAACUGGAAAAAAAGUCGUAAUGAAAUGGGCCGAUUUUGGACUUAGUAAACAAGUGAACGAAAGAGGAAGUCAUUCCAUUAGUGGAGUGAAAGGAACCAAUAACUGGUUUUCUCCUGAGAUAGUGAAGAUAUUUGAAGAGGAAGAAAUAAAGUAUGGUAAAACUACGUCACCCGACAUUCGUCCAAGAGGAACCGUCAAGAGCGACGUUUUCACUGCGGGACUUGUUUUCGGCUAUUAUCUAUUAGACGGUGAUCAUCCGUUUGGUUCAGCUGUAAAUGUUCUACCAAACAUUGUGAAGAAUAGGCCAGUCAAUCUGACAAAAAUAAAACAGCGACAUCCCAUGUACGUGAUUAUCGUAGACAUGUUGAAGGCCAAUCCCAACGAGAGGAUUUCAUCAGCCGAUGUUGUUUCAAAAAUAAACAACUUCAACCCUUGCGACAAGAAAAAGCCCUAUGCUGCGUUCCUGAUUGACCGACCUUUCAAAAAUCAAGUCCAGGGAAGAGACAGAUUUAAAAUAGCCAUGAUGAACUGUUUGCGCUAUCGCCUUCGGAUUGCACUGAAUUUGGAAAUCAAUACGGAAAAUGAAUCCAACAAAGACAAUGAAGGUCCUAAUUCUUGGGACGACGGUGUUUAUGACACACUUUUGCAACUCAUUAGCGAAUUUGACGCGACCGGCAUUGUAGAGAUUUGUCGUCUGUUGCUGGAAAGAAGAGCUGCCAUCCCGUUGUUCGUUCCCGAUUCCAAGAAACACUAUCUAAGCUUGCUAAGACACGUUACCUUGCCCAGGGUCAACUAUAUCAGUCUGGGUGACAGGUCCUUACAACGCGUCGCUGUCAUUUCCUGCCGUCAGAGGGACAAGAGUCGUACUUGCGACAUUCUGAAGAGCGUCUUCCACAUUGAGAGCCUCCAUGCCCUCGAUUUGUCACAGAGAAACAUCACUUCAGAAACUAUGUUGGCCGAAAUUGGGUGUGGCUGCAUAGUAACAGAAGGAUCCGUAAUUCAAAACGUCUUGGUUGCUCACGUCAUUGGAGAUUUCAGGCCACUCUGGUCAUUUCUGCGACGUUUUGCCGAUUGUUUUAUGAUUGAGGAUUCGACUGUUGAGGCAGAGAGUUUCUUCUCUUCAUUUCUGACAGAAGAGAAAAAAAGGGAAAUGGAUUUAGAAGACGCUUCACUCGGAGUAGCGACAAACAAGUCAAUGAAUUGUAUUUGGAAACCGUCGUUGGAAAGGUCGAGCAGUAAACGAAAUGAAGUCAAUGGAUUCACUCAUUUUUACAUGCAAGACGAACUUUCAGACGCAUCUAAAAUCGAAUUAAAAUCGCGUAUUGUCGAAAGCCUAAAGAUAAAGGCAGAGCAACCUUAUUUUGCAGCGAAUCGAUGGGAAUUGCACAAAAUUCCCAUUCUAAAAGAGGAAGGAUACAACUCCCUGGAUUGCGUGUCACCGGAAGAUAUUGACUCGAGAAUUGGACAAUCGGUCCAAAAUUUGGCAAAUGUGAAGAAAAACGAAUUUCUGCUGCAGAAAUUAUUUUUGCAAGAAGCGAAACACGUAGAGGUCAAAAUGGCCAACCGACUGAAAGAAGAAAUUGUGCAUGAAGAAGACGAAAAGAUCAAAUUAAUUCGUGAAAGACGCAGAUCUUACACCCGUCAGGUCGAAAGUAACAAAUUAAUUCAAUUGUUUCUGAGCUUCCUUUACAGUCAAGAUCCUUGUUCUCGCGUUUUGUCCAUUCGGAUGUUGGAAAAAGAAUUAGCCAAUCGCGGAGAACAGGAACUUGGCCCACUUCUGAAAACGGUUCAGAUGUUGUCAACGUCGUACUAUGACAAAUUACUCAAAGCCGUUGAUGUAAAAGAUCUAGAGUCUGCAAAAGAACAACUUCACGAUGUUAAAUCCAACCUGAUAGAAAGUGCACUCAACAUUGAACAUUUUUGGAGGGAACUGAGUCAUCUCUACACCGACACGGAAAAACGUUCACCGCUAAUUCAAAAAAUUCCCCAACUGGCAGCUCAGCAUUUACUGGACGGAUUCUGCCUCGAACUACUCGACGGCGAUUCCAAUUUAAUCCACUUGCAAUGGGUGGAAGAAGUUUUAUUCCAACUGGGAAAAUUAGUGAAAGGAAAACGCGUUUUCGUCUUGUCUGUCAUGGGCGUGCAGGGCAGCGGCAAAUCGACUUUGCUCAACACAAUGUUCGGCAUCCGAAUGAGGACCAGCGUCGGCCAAUGUACUCGAGGUGUCAACAUGCAGCUGCUGGCCGUCGAGGGCCGACCAGAGUACGACUACAUUUUACUGCUGGACACGGAAGGGACCCGAUCACCGGAAUAUCACGGCCUGGCCGGAAGCGAAAAACGCGACAAUCAAAUGGCAACUCUGAGCAUUUUACUGUCGGACGCGACCAUCAUCGUCAUCCCGGGCGAGAACGAUGCGGCCGUCAAAGAAAUCCUGCCGAUUGUUUUAAUGGCCUACCAAGGAUCCCAACUGGCCGAAGAAAACGGCGGACGACUCAGCUCCAGGAUCUUCUUCGUUUACAAUCGGAUUGACACGAAACAGAAAAAUAAAUUAGACAUAAUCAAGCAAACAUUGGGAACUUCACUUCAUGAAGCUUUUAGUCAAGUUCAAAAUAUGACUGGAAAUUCGAGUAAUUUAAAAUCGGAAAGUCCUUUCGCCAAUUUCAAUCUCACCUCGACCGACUCGUCUCGUAUAGUGACGUUUGUAUCUUGGGAAAGGUCAAUAAACAACCAACUGAUGUGCCGGGUGAAAAAUACGGAGAUGAACUCAUCCAGUUUCGGGAACACAUCCAUCAACGUGUGACAAAACUCGAAGGCGGUCAAAGCUGGAAAAGUAGAUCCAUCGGCGAAUUUUCCAAUUACAUCAAAAAUGUUUGGAAAUGUAUUUGCUCCGCCAACUUCACCUUCACUUUUGUCACUGUCAUGGAAUAUAUGGAAGAGUCUGUGCUUCGAAGCGGCCAAUCACGACACACAAGACAGACCUCAUGAUGCAGUCCAUCAACCAGGGGGAGUUGCAGGAUUAUCUAUCAUACACACUGAUGAAAUGGUUCACACGACUUGCAUUCAAUCUUACGAAGAAGAACAUUCAUUUUACCUAAACGGAGAUUCGACUGUCAAGUAUCCCUUCAGAGACUAUGCCUAGGUCUUUCCUGGAUGGAAAGAACGAUCCUCGCAUCAAGGAAGAAUUGCCAUUGCGCGAAUACAUUUUAGCCACUUACAACAACGAAAUUGCCGAAAAAUACAACUUGAAACAUUCGACGGAAAUCCCCUCAAGCUACUUUUCAAGAACUUUGUCCUCCGUGAAGGAACAACUGAAAAGGGAAAUUGCGGUUUGACGAUACAUAAUCAAAUUUUAUCACAUUUUGUUGAAUAAUUCAAUUUUAAAAUUUUAAAUAGGAUUUCAUAACCAAAGAUUUUCACUUGUAGCUGACUUAUUUACACUUGAGCAUUAUUCAAGCUAUUAUGGACAAGUAUCCGAACCAAAGUUGUGCGACUUGAUUUAGCCAAUGAUCAUCGAUGAUCAUCAGUUCUAUUCAUUUUCUUUUCAAACACAUAGCAC